AUGUCCCAACAACCUAAAGUCAAAAGAAUUACUAGUUAUCCUCCCUCUUAUUGGUCAAUUAAAGCCCCUCCUGAAGGGAUUCAAGUGAAUCCUGCCGACGAGUAUUUGAACUAUAAGGUCACCAAUGUCCAAAAAGAUAAUGUGUGGACAUUUGUCAGUGUUCUAAAUGAGUUAUCAACCAAAGCUGGUGCUCUUAUUAUCUUUCGUAUCCGCGUGAACAGUAUAAGAAACACUAAUGAGGUCAAAUUAUCUCUCUCUCCGUAUGGGCAAGCGACACCCAAAGCCCCCGUUGGUGUGAUCUUGAGAUAUACCCCAAAUACCCCAGAUAAAUUCAAUUAUCAGUGGUACGACAACAGUAAUAGCUUCCGACAACUUUCUGCCAGUAACAUACGUGCUGAUGGUGCUUGGCAUACAAUUACUUUAGGCUUGACUCCUCAAUCAGUAACUCUCCUUGAAAAUGGCAGCCAUAAAUUUAAUUGGGAGGUUGACGUCCCUGAUACCGUGAAUCCCACAUUUGAUAUGAAUAUUUUGACUAAGGGGGGCAGUUUGGAUAUCGAUAUAGGUGAUAUCUAUGCUAUACCAUCUGAGAUUAAUGAUGAUAAUUAG